CGGGCGGAGCAGCUGGAGAAGCUGGUGGAGUGCCUGGCGCAGAGCGUCCGGAUCAAAGAGGGGCUGCCCGCUGCCGGGAGCGGCCCCCCGCAGCCCCGCGAGUGGGACGUCUUCAGGUGCCGCAAAUGCCAGGGCUUCCUCUUCGAGCCCGUUUCCUUGCCUUGCGGACACACGUUCUGCAAAAAGUGCCUGGAGAGGGACCGGGCGGCCGAGUCCCGCUGCGUCCUGUGCAAGGAGGAGGGCAGCGCGGCGGCCGGGCAGCUCCUGCGGGUCAACGUCGUCCUCAGCAACCUGCUGGCCAAGUGGUUCCCCUGCCAAGUGAAGGCUUCGCAGCUCAGGCACGAAGGGAACCUCUUGUACAAGGAGAAGAAGCUACAAGCCGCCCUGCAGAAGUACAACGAAGCGGUCGGCCUAGCUCCAAAUGACCACUUAUUAUACAGCAACCGGUCCCAGAUUAACUCUACUUUGAAAGCAUGUGAAGAUGCGUUGCAUGAUGCAGAAACAGCAUGCAGACUCCAGCCAUACUGGUUGAAAGGUCACCUAAGAAAAGGACAAGCAUUAGCUAAUCUGGGGAAAACAGAAGAAGCUUUAAGAGAGUUUCUAUUCUGCCUUGCUCUAGAUACUGGGAACAAGACGGCCAAGUCUGAGGCACAAAAGCUUCUACUUAGUUUGUUUUCACUCAUCCCGGGAAAUGCUCAGGAACACUUACCCGAUAUCCUGCAGCUGUUGUCACAUCACUCUAGAUUAAAGGGGAAUCUCCUAAAUUCAGUGGGAUCUGGAGGCACCAGCCAUAACCUACAAAGGUUGCUCAAGGUAAAUGUGGAACAGAAAAAGGGUUUUCCCAUUCAAGAGGAACCAAAUGUAACUACUUCUGGUAGUUUGAGGAAAUCUAUACAAAUUACAGAGAGCAAAAAGGACUGCUCAGAGGAGGAGAACAAACUCACCUCCAUGCCAGAGUCUGCCUUCCUCAUUUCUGAGAAGUGCAGCCUCCUGAAAAGGAAGUGCUGCUCAGAGGAGAUGCGAAAUGCUGAGGUACCCUGCAAACUGAUGAAGAAAGAUACAGUUGAUACUAAGGGAAAUAGUACUGGACAACAUAUUCCAUUUGAAUUUGUGGAUCCAUCAGAUUUGGACUGCUCCCUGUGUAUGAGGCUCUUCUAUGAACCUGUCACUACACCUUGUGGACACACCUUCUGUCUCAAAUGUCUUGAGAGAUGCCUGGAUCACAACCCAAAAUGUCCCCUGUGUAAGGAAGGGCUCUCAGAGUGCUUGGCUAUGAGGAAAUACUGUAAAACAGUACUAAUGGAGGAGUUAAUAGCUAGAUAUCUUCCAGAGGAACUCACUGAAAGAAGAAAGAUUUAUGAAGAGGAAAUAGCAGAGCUUUCCAACCUAAAUAAGAAUGUUCCUAUAUUUGUCUGCACAAUGGCUUAUCCUACAGUCCCAUGCCCUUUGCACAUCUUCGAGCCAUGUUAUCGCCUGAUGAUUCGAAGGUGCAUGGAGACUGGCACCAAACAAUUUGGGAUGUGCAUCAGUGACCCUGUAAAGGGGUUUGCAGAUUAUGGCUGCAUUCUGGAGAUAAGAAAUGUUGAAUUCUUUGCUGAUGGUCGCUCUGUUGUAGACAGCAUCGGCAAGAGGAGGUUUAAGGUGAUACGGCACAGCCAGCGUGAUGGCUAUAAUACAGCGGAUAUUGAGUACAUUGAGGAUCAAAAGGUGCAAGGACAAGAGUAUGCUGCAUUACUUGUUCUCCAUGAUUCUGUCUAUGAUCAGGCAUAUAUGUGGUUUAACUCCCUCAAGCAAGCCCUCAAAAGUAGAAUUCUCAGUCAUUUUGGUCCAAUGCCAGCUAAGGAUCCUGACCCACAGGCUAACCCUAAUGGGCCAGCCUGGUGCUGGUGGGUCCUAGCUGUCCUUCCACUUGAGAACAGAGCUCAGCUUCCUUUCCUUGCCAUGAAAUCCCUCAAAGACCGCUUGAAUGGCAUCAGACGUGUCCUUACAUUCAUGUCUCGUACAAGAUCACGGUGAUGAACAGAGAAUAACUUGGAGUUGAAUUUAUAUCUGAACUCUUUCUUGCAAGAAUGGAUAAUGGCUACAAUCAACUGCGAAGAAAGAGCCACAAUAUAUGAGAAGUGGCUUCUCCUAAAGAAAACUGGAAGUACUGGUAUCAUUUCAUUGUAGGUUACUACAUAGACUUUUUUUUUACAUCAACUCUUGUUGCUGUUAAGAUCAGUUUUAUUUCUUUCAAUUGUUUGGUGGGGUUUGGCUUUGGAGUGUGUGUAUGUGGGGGGGAGGGGGGAGUUAUUUUGAACUGUAGGACUCAGAGGGCAGUUUGUGUCACAUGAGAAGGAAUAUGUUGUAAUAAAUGCUAUUUAUUUCACCCCAAUCUUCAGGUUUCUGCUAGCUUCAAAUCUCUACCCAGCCAUUGCAUUUCUCUUAAGAGAUUGGGUAGUGUUGCUAAUAAUAGUUAACUCCCAAGGAAGACAAGUGAAUUUUAGCAUGAUUACUUCUAGCUAUAAAGCAGGUAAAAAUAGGGCAGAAAUGGGAAUAGGAAGUAUCUUGGGUUUGAUUUUUUUUUUUU